UGAUUUUAUCAGUUAAUUAAGUAAUUGAUAUUUUAUUUAAAAGAUUGUUCGAGGAGUAUUAAUGUUUUUACUAAUUCACCAAAAGUUAUAUAAUUCUGCAAGUUCAAAGAAUAUGAUGUGGAAGAGGAAUUGUUUGAAAAAUAUUGUUCACGGUAUAACUGUGAAGUAUAUAAGCAAUCUUUUGAUUUUGAUGUAUAUUAAUAAGGACAUAAGAAAUCGUAUAAUACAAAAUGAAAGCUUUAUUUUAUUAAGAAAUCUCAAACAAACAAGGAAAAAAUAAAAUCCAUUAGAGUACUCUAAAUACUUUGAAUCGCAUCACACCUGUCCACAUUGGAAUUACUGGAAUUAUAGACCCCAUCAUAUCAUUGUGGAAUUCAAUGCUAUACAAUGGAUUUUCUUCAGAGCUAGUACACAUUUUUAAUGUUUCUUUUACCUGUACAACUAUAUUUUCAAAUCGAGACAAGAACUUGGAAUCUUUAUACCACUCAUCAACUAGGCUGCUUGGACUUUCAUGACUGAGCUGCUUCAAGGUGUUCAUGGCAUCUUCCACAUCUAUAGUCUUAUAGGGUGAAAAUAACACCGUUGUAACUGCAGUGAACCAUUUGUCCAGACAUUCCGUGGUGGUUAUGUUGAAAACAAAAAUAUCCUACAUUGGAAUUUGGCAGCAUAGGUGUAUCUCAUGAAGCGAUUAGUGAUAUCAGUAAUGUGAUAUUCAAGAAAGGUAAUUGCAAAAAAGCUAAAAAGAAUUUAGUUAUGGCAUUGAAUAACUCUAAUUCAGCUCUGAGAAAAUUGUUAAAUAGUAAUAUAGAGGAUGAUUUACACUUUCAUAAAAUGCUUCUAGACAAUGGUUAUUUAAAAAAUGAUUUUUGUACUUAUAAGACAGAGGUUGUUAAUUCAGUUUGUUAACUAUUAUAAAUGAAAUGUAAUCGUAAAAACCAAUUCAGAGUAUUUCAGCGUUGUCAAAAGAGUUUUGGACUAAAUGAAGUAUCUGUUAGUCCUAAAGAAUUAUCUCAAAGAGAAAUGUUUAUGUUAGGUCUAGAAAAUGAACUAAAUGAGAGUACUUUGGUGGGUGUUAAGAAAAAAUUGUUUACAGAUGAUUUUUUUAAAAAAGAAAACAAUUAUACAUCCAAUGUCGUUGUAGAUGAUUUGGACAUGGGUUUGAAUGAAAAAAUUCUUGAAAUCAAUAAUAAUCCUUUUCAAAUUGAAGAUGAUUGCUGUAAUACAACGGAAGAAAUUGAUUAUAACAAGAAUACCGUUUCUAUUAAAGAAAUUAAUAUCAAUGACGAUAUGUUUACCACUCCUAAGCGGAAAUCAGUUAUUGUCAUUGCUCAGAAGUUGUUUUCUUCUGGAAAGAGGUCUAAUCCAAUAGAAAUAAAUAAUACACCAAAAGCAGAUUUGAAUGAAUUAAUUAAGAACUCAAAAAAUGUGUGGGAUACAGAUGGUUAUACAGAAAAAGAAAAUGAUUACAAAUCGUUAACAGUUGAUAAUAUGGACAUAAAUUUGAUAAAAGAAAAUGAAUUUGAAAUUGAUAGACAUAGUUUUGACACUUCUUUACCAAUCGAGGAUAAUGUAUGUUAUGAAACAGAAGAAAUUAAUGUCACUGAGGAAAAGAGCUUGAAGAUAAAUCGUUAUCGUUAUGGGAUUUAGUGAAAAUUUAAAAUUCCAACGCACUUAAAGUUUUUCCUAUUUUUCCUAUAAUGAUGCUUCGAGUUUUCUCUAUAGCUACUUGAAGGAAAACUUAGUGUUGACAUUUUUAUCCUUAGAUAUAAACACAAAAAAUGUGGCGAUUUUGACAUAUUUCAUAAAAUAUUUAAUUAUUAAUGCUUAUAAAAAAAAAUUGUGACUAACGAUGUUUGAUUUUUUUGUCGACACUUAAAAAAAAUUCUCAGAAAAAUUGAAAAUUUCAGUGGUCUAUAGAUAGCUCAAAAAAAUUAGAAAUAUUUUGAAAAUUUCAAGUAUUUACAGUGAUUAGUUUUUGAGUUACAACCAUAUAAAAAAGUCGAUUUGGCCGAACACUGGUUUUGCGUAAAAAUUCCCGUUUUUCCGUCACUUUUUUAUGUUUUCUCGAUUUUUUUGAAAACUGUCAGAAAAUGUUUACUUUAGACCUUUAUCAUGCACCAAGGAUAUUCAUUUUGUCAUCGGAAACCACCCCCGGCGUUUGAAAUUGAAGCAUUAUUUCGACUAGUUAUGCCGUACACAGACACAAAAAAAAAAACACACAUCAUUGUAAAAUCAAUACAUUUAUCACUCCGUUGAGUCCGUUCCGUUCAGAAUCUAAAAUUCAAAAAUAAAACUCAGAUUAUACAAAUUAAAAAAGUAAAAUUAAUUGCUUAUAUUUAUAAAUAAAUAAAUUUGUUCAAUAUUCUUAAAAGUAUACACAUAUAGCUGUUGGCUGCAUACACAUUACACAAUGCUAUUAGUACCUAUCUACAGUCUACACUUUAUAGAGUGAUUAAAAAAAUAAUGGUUAUAUUAUUGUCCUUUGUCAAAGAAAAAAUAUAUUUGGUGACUUGGAGUGAUUGCAAAAUGAAAAGAUAGAAAUAAUUAAUCAAAAACAGAAAUCUUGCGAUAUAAAUAGCAAUUAGUGCUAUCAAACCUCGUUGACAUGUCAAAAAUAUUAAAAUAGAGUACCUAUAAAAACUUAUGGAAAAUCUUAGUGCAUUAGAUCAAUGUUUCAUCAUGGUCAAAAAAUGGUAUCUAUACCUAUAUAUACUUCAUUGUUUGAUCGGAGAUAAGUUAAAUUUGUGAAGUUAAUACUACAAAUACUUUUUCAUUGUCAUCGUCUAUUCUACCUUCUAGGUGUAUGUAUAAUCUAAUUUAACAUUAUUAUAUCUUGUGUGGUACCAGCAAAUGUACUAAUACACACAAUAAGAUAAAUAGAUAGGUAUGCGUGUAAUUUCCAACACUAAUAAGUAUAUUUAUAUAUUAUAAGUUAUACAUUUUUUUCCCAAGUUUGUUUUACGUAAUAAUCACAUUUCUCUCACUUUACCCUCUUUUUGGAAUAUAUAUACACACACACACACACAUUAAUAUAAUUUAUUUAUUGGUAAAUUUAAAACAAUAUGAUUCAAACAGCUGGUUGACUCAGAAACAACCUGUGUCCUUUGGGUGUGCCACAAUAUGAUAGCUAAUAAAGUAAUAAGUAAUAAAUAGUUAUUAAAUUUGUGGGUUGACUAUGAACCAAUAACGCUAGAUUUUGCAUUUGCGUUACGCAAUUCAAGGUGAGCACGAAGACGAUUGUUUAAUACAGAAUAGUAAUCUGCAAUUUGUAUAUAGGCAAAUAUAAUUUGACUGAUUCUAUGUCUUAUAUGGCAUGUGAUUGUAAAAAAUAAAUUGUUUCAAAAGAUUUUAUUAAUGUAUGUUAAAUAAAACAAUAAUAUACAGCUGCAGAGUCGUGAAAAGAAGCGAAUGGCGAUGGAGUUCUACUGUAAUAAUAUAAAUUCAUAAUAUUAUGUUAAUAAAUCUAUAGGUACUUAUAGCAAAAUUCAUGCUUUAAAAUUAUUUCGAUUUAGCAUUAUAGCCUCUAAAUCACUUUAAUUUUAACCAAUGACGCUUUGUUGCUGUAAUUGUCUUGUUUGUUCGUCUCGAGUAUACAAUGCAAGAAAACAUUAAGUAUAAGUAUUUUAUUAUAACGGGAACUAAAGCAGGAUAUUUUUUUAUUUAAAUUAUUACGCACGGGGAGACACAUAGAAUAAACAUAAUAUACAUACUCAAUUUUCCAAUAUUAGAAUUCUUUCAUCGUGAAUAU